AUAUGCUUAAUCGUGCUAUUAAUAUUGGAUUCCGUAAAGCAUUGCCUCAAUAUACAUUCUCUUCGAGAAGUAAAGUGAUUGCUGAUAUGCCAUAGAUGGGCCAUACAAUCCAAACAGAUAUAGACAUUAUUUGAACCCAAACUUUUUCUAAUCCAACAAGGAAAUUGCUGAUAUAGCUAAAUCAUAAUAAGUGCCCCUUCCAGGUAUGGUAAUGUUGAUUAUGCAAAGUGCGUAAUGUCAGACAUGUCAAUCCAGUCAGACAAUCAGGUCCACUACCUCCCUAUGAUGGUCCAUACACGUAUUUUUAUCCUCACAAUAAUUUUAAUUAGCAUGGAAGAUGUAAGAGCUGUGUGGCAAAAUACUUCAAUUGGUAGACAAGGUACAUGGAGUUGUUAGAUGGAUCCAGACGAAAUCAUGAGAAGAGUGCCAGGUAAUUUCGAUCAUUAAAAAUGGUUAGGAAUAACAAGAAGGGAAGUUGAGAAGAUUUUGAAUAUGGGUUUAACACCAUAAGAAUAAGUGGAUUUCGCAUAUUUAGUUUAUAAUUGUGGUUUCGAUGUGGAUUAUGUUCCAAACAGUGUUUAUGUUGCAAGAUAAGUUGUGACCAAUUCAAAAGGUGAGAAGGUUGAAAUCCUUUGGAAUGUUCAAGUCUUGGAAGAUUUGGCUAAGUUACCUGUUGGAUUUGCACCAGUUAGGGAAUUGAUAGAUUACCAUUGGGAAAUUUUCCUGUGGUCAGAUCCUAUGAUCAAACCAACAGGUGACUUGGAUUUGGGUGUGCCUAAUACUUGGUUUGAAUAUGAAUGCGAAUGUAAAUGUGACCUUUGA